AGUGUCAUCAUGUCGGGAUUUAGGUUGUGUGCCAGAGAAAAGUCGUUUUCGUCAGAGGAUACGUCCGGAUCGGAUGUGUCUACCUUUCAUGAGCACAAGCUCAAGGAUCUGUCGUCCAUCUCCAUCUCGUCGGAUCUGACCGAUCCUUCCCAGGCGCAUGGUGGUAGCCGCAGCAAGUGGCGGCGGAAGGCGCAUCACAUCAUUGAGUCCAAGUACUUUCGCAUCUUUGUCAUCGUGCUCAUUGUGCUUGACGUUAUCGCCGUCUCGCUCGAGCUUGCUAUCGCUUCGGAUGCGUUUGGCGAAGUCCACUCGGAGGCGCCGUGCCCGGUCAAUCCUGGCGAUCCACGCGGUGAGCCGACGGUGAACCACGAUCUGGAGCACGGUGAAGAGUUCCUCCACUGGUUCUCUAUCACCAUGCUCUGCAUCUUUGUGAUAGAGAAUCUGGUUCUGUUGUGGGCCAUCGGCAAGCACUUUUUCAAGUUCAUGCACGUGUUCGACUUUGGCGUCGUCCUCAUCUCGCUCGUCCUCGAGCUCUGGCUCGGCGGUGAGAAUGCAUACGCCGGGCUCCUGGUGCUCCUCCGCCUUGUCCGCAUCGUCCAGGGCGUCGUCGCAGCCGAGCAGGAGGCCCACACCCACACCCAGUCGCGGCUCCGCCACUCGCUCAAUCACAACAAGUACCUGCGCCGCGUCUUUAAGAACUUCCUCCUGGACCUGCCUGACGACAAGAUUGACUCGAGCAGGCUGUACCUCGCCAAGCAUCUGCUGCACAACUCGAAGCGGUUCGAGCGCUCGACCGCCAACUACCUUCUCGGCGUCGAGGGCUCGCUCAUGGAUCACAGCAACAUGGUCCACUCGUUCUCGUCAUACUCGGAAGACAAGCGCGUGUUUGAGGUUGUCAGGCGCGACUUUGACGACCGCUCGCACCAUCGCCGCCGCCACUCUUCCAGCUCUGACGCGAAGCGCCAUCCCAACCGCUACCACAUCUCCUCCAACGAGUCCGAGUACGAUGUCGACUCGAUCGUCUCCUGCGCCAGCACCCGCUCGAUCUCGUCGUCGUCCAACUCUUCGUCGUGAUCGAAGUAAAUUCUUUCACGACCUGCC